AUGAGUGAAAUACCUUCUUUUUCUUUCCUUCAACCUUACCACACCGGAGAUAGAUCUAUAUCUAUCUAUCUAUCUAUCUAUCUAUCUAUCUGUCUGUCUGUCUGUCCCAGUCUCUUCAUUCUAUCUAUCUAUCUAUCUAUCUAUCUAUCCCUGUGUCUAUCUAUUUUCUAUCUAUCUAUCUAUCUAUCUAUCUAUCUAUCCAUCUAUUCAUUUCUAUCUAUCUAUCCCCGUAUCUAUCUAUCUAUCUAUCUAUCUAUCCAGGUCUGUUCAUUUUCUAUCUAUCUAUCUAUCUAUCUAUCUAUCUAUCUAUACCAGUCUCCGUAUCUAUCUAUCUAUCUAUCUCAUUCUGCUCAUAUCUAUGUAUCUAUGUGUCUAUCUACUCAGUCUAUUCAUAUUUAUCUAUCUAUCCUAUCUAUCUAUCUAUCUAUUCAUUAUCUAUAUGUCAUUCUAUCUAUCUAUCUAUCUAUCUAUCUAUCUCUCUAUCUAUCUAUCUAUCUAUCUAUCUAUCUAUCUAUCUAUCUGUGUGGUGGUUACAAUUCUCAGUGUCUAUCUAUCUAUCUAUCUGUCUGUCUGUUGGCGUUGAUUACUGGUCGUUUUAGUUCAAUUCUCUUCUUCUUUUGGUCGGUGACGGGAAAUGUUCUUUGGGUCCAGAGACGAAAACAGUUAAUCAUUAACCCCCGUCGACGGGUACAUCUAUCAAGUGGGCGCUACUACACCUCCUAUUAG